AUGGUUUUGAACGCGAAUCUAGAGCAUACAUCCAACACGAGUUCACCAUGGUAUCCCAUGAAAGUUUCAUCGUUGAAACGUUUGAAUUUGGCAAAUGCAUCGAUUCGUGCUAUCGGUGACAGUUUGUUCAGCAGUAACAAUAGUAUUUUGGAAUGGGAUCUAAGUCACAAUGAGGUGGUUACACUGCGACGAACACAAUUUCAAAACCUGAAACAGCUACGCUUGUUGAAUUUGAUGGACAACAGUAUUAAAACGAUUGAACAAAAUACAUUUGAGGAUCUCAAUCAGCUAACACAUUUGAAUUUACGAUUCAAUCGAAAACGAGCACUUGAAUUGCUCGGCCGCCUGAAUCGAUUGAACGUUCUGGAUUUGGGUGAAAGUCUAUUAUAUAGGCACAACAACAAAAUCGAAUGGAUACCACAGAAAACGUUUGAAGAUAUAAGCCAACUAACGGAGCUACAGACAAAACAUAAUCGACUAACAUUUUUGCCAACAACAAAGAAAGCAUUUAACAAUUUGCAAAAGCUAUCGGUUGAGGGCAAUCCCUGGCAAUGUGCAUGUUUGAUGGAAAUUUUUAAUUUUGUAGCACAACAGUCGCAACGUCGACGAAUCGAGUAUUAUAGUGCGAACAAUCCAUUUUACUCAGGCUUAAAAUUGUUAUGCUACGAACCACCCGUCAAACCGGCUGCACCAUGCGUUCGUGACAUUGACUUG